CCACACCUCCAAACAUGAUACUGAAUACUGUCUCCAGCCAUUCUCUAAACCUGACAUCUAAGCCCCUUCCUCAUCUCCAACCGCCCUUACAAACCUUUCAUCCAAAACCUCGCCACCAACACUCUUUAAAUUCAACAUCUAAAUUUCAUCUCAAACCCUAUCCAAAUCCCCAUUUUCAACCCUCCUCAAAUUCAAAACUCAAUUUCCAAACCAUGUAUAGAAAACCAUAACCUGAAUAGCCUAAAACCCUUAAAACACCCUCAAAACCAUAACCUCCAGUACCUUAACUACCAAACCCCAAAGUAACCUAACUAUCUGAAAGUUUCAGCCCCAAAAAUCAUAACUCCUUUUCACCAAAAAACUUCAUACUUACCAAACCAUUCAGAACAUUACCAAAGGCAUAGCCAAAACCCACAACACAUUCCACCUCCCCCCAGAACUUUAACCGCUCAUGAAAAUCCUAACCAGACCAGUCUUAAAUCUGGAACGAAAACAAACCAAAGAAAUAAAAAUGGAAGAUGGUGAAAAAAACUCAGCAAGUCUGGCAGCAUGCAGGGAGAGAAAAUAGAGGUAACACUUCUAUUCCAGUAACCUGUCUUCAGAACUGAUUAUAGCGGGGAAAAGAUUCCUCUGCCCAGCCAUGGCGUCUGAUGACGUAGUGAGGUUUCAGUUCCCGAGCCACGAGGUGACCAUCCUGAAGAAGAUGAACCAACUGCGGCUGGAGGAGCGUUUCUGUGACGUGACCAUCGUGGCAGACCAGCUGCGUUUCCCUGGACACAGGGUGGUAUUGGCCGCAUGCUCGCCGUUCCUGCGUGAUCAGUUCCACAUGAACCCAUCACAGGAGGUGCAGGUCUUCCCCAUGACCGGCGCCCAGAUUGUGCUGCGCCUGUUGCUCUCAUGCUAUACCGGCUGCCUUGAGUUCCCCUUCAAUGACAUCCUCGACUACCUGACAGCCGCGAGCUGCCUGCAGAUGGAGCAUGUGGUGGAGAAGUGCCGCCAAUCGCUGUCACCACGCAUCGGGCCCCGCGUGCCCCCAUCCGAGGGAGUCGAUGAGGGGCCUGGCACGCCGCAGAUCGCCAGCUCGUCAGAGCGAGUGCCGGACACAGAGAGGCCAGCUCCCUGGGAAGCUGGGGCAGCGGCACCAGCAUCAGAGGAGAAAAUACCGAAGCGGACGCCAGCUGACGAUGUGGUGAAGCUGGAGUCAGAACAACACUCAGAUUUCAGUGGGACCGAGGACAUCUGCAUCCACAAGGUGGAGUCGCUAGCCGACUGCAUGGAGGGUUGCCCGGAGCCGGUGGGCAAAGUGCGCGGUCCUGAGGCCGCUAACGGCCUGGAGCCCGAUCCAGGCAUUCACUCAACAGCGGGUGGCUACCCAGAUGCCAGUGGCCCUCCCUAUGACAUGUCAGAGGUGAUGAUCUCGGACGAGUUCCAGGAGGAGGACUAUGAGAGCUCAGCCAGUGAGGAGUGCCGCAGCAGCGGCUUCACUGGUAGUUACUACCGGCCUGGAGAGGAGCACCCGCCGCUGGCACCUCAACAGCAACAGCCGCCGCCCCCUUCUGCCACCGCCCUGGCGGGACUGGGCGGUAAGGAAGGGGAGUCAGCGCGCAGCCCUGGCCUGUGCUCGGAAUGCGGCGCACCGUUCGAGCACCGCGAGCACCUGGCUGCCCACAUGGUAGUCCACAAGCUCUACAUGUGCCUGCUGUGCGGCAAAGUGUUCAAGAAAAAUGCACGGCUGGCGCAGCACAUCAAUGUGCACACCGGCUUCAAGCCGUACUGCUGCGCUAUCUGCGGUCGCACCUUCACGCAGAAGCGCUCGCUCAAGGACCACAUGAACGUGCACAACGGCGACUCGCCGCAUUGCUGCAGUUACUGCGACAUGCGCUUCACCCACUACAGCACCCUGCGGGUCCACCUCCGGGACCAGCACGGCAAGACCACUACACGCAACAUGGAGAACAAGCCCGCUGAAAUCAGCCUGGUGGUGCCUUAGCAGUUGGUUUUACCCACCAACCCAAUCUACCCCUUCCAUCCUAUCCUUCCCCUCUCUCCACUUUAUCAUCUCAGAAUCUUCAUCCUUCCUCACCCCAGAUCCAUUCCAACCUGACCCCUCCCAUAUUUCACACAGAAUCGCCUCCUGUCAAAGAAGCACCCCAUUUUUUAGACAACCUCACAGUGCAGCCACCCCAAUUAACGGCACACAGUUUUAAUCUGGUCAAACAAUGGACUCUUCCAAAUUCUCGGUCCACCUUCUGCUCUUGUCUGUUUGAGUUUUUUUAACCAAGGGCCUAUCCUCACCAUCGCCUGGUUUAUUUUAUUUUGUAUGUCUCCACAACAGGAAACGUCUCUUUUGUGUAA